UUCCGCACGCGACGCAUCGUUCCCCUCUCUCGCACAAGCACCACCUCUCUUCUGCUUCUAAACGGGGGUAGAGGGCAUCCCCCCUGAAUAUAGUUCCUUCCAAUUGCUAAUUCUGUAUUGUUCAAGACUCCACGCCAUGUCUAUCUCGCCCGCUAUUCGAAUAUCGCCUUCACGGGCAGCGCGCGCCAUGAACUUGCUUCGCACUGUACAGUUCACGCAUCCGCCCUCAUGUCCGUGCCACUCGAACCCUGCGCACCACCAUCACACGCCUUCCACCAUACAUCAAGCACGCCGCCAUCUUGCUACGCCUCUCGACACCUCGCACCAGAAGGAGUACGCGUUCGAGAUGGCAGCUUCGUCGAUACGCUUUGGGCCUGGAUGCACAAAAGAAGUGGGCAUGGACUUCACCAAUAUGGGGUCCAAGCGCGUCAUGGUGGUCACUGAUGGAAAUGUGAGAAAGCUGGAUGCUAUGAAGCAGGCCGUGGAAGGCCUGACAAGGGAGGGUAUACAAUUCGAGAUAUACGAUGGUGUGAGAGUCGAGCCAAAGGAUGACAGCAUAAAGGCGGCGAUCGAGGUCAGCAAGAAAUAUAGGCCGGAUGCGUUCUUGGCUGUGGGUGGAGGGAGCGUCAUCGACACUGCCAAGUUGAUGAACUUGUAUACCACGUUUCCUGAGGCUGAUUUUCUGGAUUUUGUCAAUGCUCCGUUAGGAAAGGGCAUGCCGAUUCAGUCAAAGCUUUACCCUCUAGUUGCCGUACCUACCACAGCCGGAACCGGCUCCGAGACUACAGGGACCGCCAUUUUUGAUCUAGUGUCGAAACGUGCUAAGACUGGCAUUGCGCAUCGAAAUCUGAAACCUACGUUAGGCAUAGUAGAUCCACUCAACACCCGUACGAUGCCUUCUGCAGUUCAUGCAUCCUCUGGCCUGGACGUGCUUUGCCAUUCCCUCGAGUCAUGGACUGCGAUACCAUUCUACGAGCGUACGCCACGGCCUGCAAACCCAAUUCAAAGACCAGCUUACCAAGGCGCAAACCCCAUCUCGGACAUUUUCUCACUACAGGCGCUUAGGGAUACGGUCAAGUAUCUCCCGCGCGCAGUCAAGGACCCCGAAGACCACGAAGCGCAGUCGCAAAUGCUGCUCGCUGCUACUCUGGCAGGCGUUGGUUUUGGUAAUGCAGGCGUUCAUCUGUGCCAUGGAAUGUCGUAUCCCAUAUCCGGGCAGAACCCCGGCUACAAACACGCUGGGUACGAGGUGGAGCAUAAGAUCAUCCCUCAUGGCGUGUCAGUCGCCGUGACGGCACCUGCAGUCUUCAAGUUCACUGCUGCAUCAAAUCCUGAGCGGCAUCUGCAGGCUGCGGAAGCGUUUGGUGUUGACAUCAGCAAUGUGAAGAAGGAGUCUGCGGGCGAAGUACUCAGCGAGGCCUUGGCAGAGUUCUUAAUCAAACUUGGUGACCAGCCGAGAGGGUUAAAGCAUCUAGGAUUCGGAAACGAACAUCUGGAUGCACUAGUAGAAGGAACGAUUCCGCAAGCAAGAGUGCUGAUGCUGGCGCCGAACCUAGAAAUGAGCAAUGUGGACACAGAGAGGGAGCAGUUGAGAGGGUUGUUUGAGGAGGCAAUGGAGUAUUGAGAGUACGAAUAAUAAUGCCGCACAUGUUGCUCACUUGUAUACAUGUCCUGAUGAGAAGACGAUUCACAAUAAGAUGC